GAUGCUGGCAUGGGCCAGCGCCCAGAUCCACUGCCAGUUUCACGCCAGCGAGAACCGGGUGGCGCUUCCUCCUUCUGAUGGCAGCAAGCAUGACGUGCAGGCAGAAAACGAGACAGUCUUCGUCCCCAACAGAGGAGAGCGGGGUCAGUGUAUCCUGUCCACCCCACCGAAGAUUCUCUUCUGUGACUUGCGGCUGGAUCCUGGGGAGUCAAAGUCCUAUUCGUACUGUGAGACGCUGCCCAUAGACGGCCCUCCCUCUUUCCGGGGACAGUCAGUGAAGUACGUGUACAAGCUGACCAUCGGCUGCCAGCGUGUCAACUGCCCCAUCAAGCUCCUGCGCGUACCCUUCCGUGUCCUCGUGCUGCACGGGCUCAAGGAUUAUCAGUUCCCACAGGAUGAGGCUGUUGCGCCCUCAAACCCUUUCCUGGAGGAGGAGGAGGGCUUGAAGAAAGACUCUCGCCUGGCGGACCUGGCGACAGAACUGCUCAUGGUGGCCACCUCCCGACGCAGCCUGCACCUGUAUAACAUCAGCAACACUCGUGGGAAGGUGGGGACAUUCUGCAUCUUUAAGACCGUGUAUAAGAUCGGAGAGGAUGUCAUUGGGACCUUUAACUUCUCAGAAGGAGACAUCCCAUGUCUGCAGUUCUCGGUGAGCCUGCAGACGGAGGAGAGCAUCCAAGAGGAGUUCCAGCGCCGGCGGGGGCAGAUCAGCACACACGCCCGCCAUCAGGAGGCCUGCCUGCACACAGCCCAGAGCAGCUUCAGCCUGCCCAUCCCGCUCAGCUCGACCCCGGGGUUCACCACCAACAUCGUGUCCCUGAAGUGGAGGCUGCACUUCGAGUUUGUGACCUCUGGGGAGUCGGCGGGCGCUUGCUUGGUUCGUGGGAGUCAGUCAGAGGCCAUCACCUGGACUGGGGUGGAGCAGAUGGAAGUGGACACUUUCAGCUGGGACUUGCCCAUCAAAGUCCUUCCCACCAACCCCAUCCUGGCUUCCUACGUAUCCCAGUUCUCCAGCACUAACUCCAUCACCAUCUGAAGUGGGAAGAGCUGGUAA